GCCGUCGCCGCGUCAGCUGCACUUGUCUCCACACGCACCGCUGGGAUUUGCCCUCGAGGGCUAGCCCGGCCGACACAAACGACCUACCCCACGAGGAGGCACUACUGCAGCGACGCUACAAGACGGCGAAGGACGACCCGGGACCACAAUUCGCCUGGAACGGAAUGCCGCCCCAGCAGAAGAACUCCCCGCCGUCCCGGCAGAAGCAGGCUGACGACAAGGAAGCCGCCGACGGCGGCGUCGCCUCACGACCGGCCGUACCCGAGCUGGUGGUCGUCUGCAGCUCCAAGACGCCCUCUCCUGAAGAUGCGCCGCUGCCGCAGCCGCCGGCGGAUCAGCCCGAGAAACUGCUCGAUUUCGACGACGUGUUGCCGCACAUGGGGGAGUUCGGCGUCUACCAGAAGGGCCUUUUCAUCCUGCUGGCGCCGUUCGCCUUCUUCGUCGCCUUCGUGUACUUUACGCAGAUCUUCGUCACGCUGACGCCAGAGAACCACUGGUGCAAGGUCCCGGAGCUGAUGAACCUCUCCCUAGAGCAAAGGAAGGCGCUGGCGAUCCCGCCGGCCGAGUCUGGCGGCUUCUCCAAGUGCCGCGAGUACGCGCUGGACUGGGCGGCGCUCAACCUGUCCACCGUGCAGGCGGCAGACCCCGCCUGGCCCACGCGGCCCUGCUCCAGGGGCUGGGAGUUCGACAGUGACGAGGUGCCCUACUCCACCAUCGCCAUGGAGCUGGAGUGGGUGUGCGACAAGUCUGCGCUGGGCUCGGUGGCGCAGUCGGUGUUCUUCGCGGGCGCCAUCCUCGGCGGCGUGGUGUUCGGCUGGGUGGCCGACCACUGGGGCCGCAUCCCGGCCCUGGUGGGCACCAACGCCGUGGGCGCCGCCGCCGGCAUCGCCACCGCCUUCGCCUCCAGCUUCUGGGCCUUCUGCCUCUGCCGCUUCCUCGUCGGGCUCGCCUUCGACAACUGCUUCACCAUGAUGUACAUCCUGGUGCUGGAGUACGUGGGUCCGCAGUGGCGCACGUUCGUGGCGAACAUGUCGAUCGCGCUGUACUUCACGCUGGCGUCGUGCCUGCUGCCGUGGAUCGCCUACUUCGUGGCCGACUGGAAGCUGCUCUGCAUCGCCACGUCUGUCCCGCUGCUGCUGGCACUCGUCACGCCCUGGGUGGUUCCGGAGAGCGCCAGGUGGCUAGUGUCUCAAGGAAAAAUCGACAAAGCCUUACGAAUUAUGAAGAAAUUUGAGAAAAUAAACGGCAAGAAAAUCGAUCCCCAAAUUUACAAGGAUUUUGAAGACAGCUGUCACAAGAUCUGCAAAGAGGAAGAGCAGGACAAGAGCUACUCAGUGCUGGACCUCUUCAGAACUCCGAGACUCAGGAGGAUAACCAUUCUGCUGAUCAUCAUCUGGAUGGCGAUCUCGCUGUGCUUCGACGGGCACGUGCGCAACGUGGGCUCGCUGGGGCUGGACGUGUUCGUGACGUUCACGAUCGCGUCGGCCACGGAGCUGCCGGCGGACACGUUCCUGACGAUGGUGCUGGACCGCUGGGGCCGGAGGUGGCUCGCCUGCGGCUCCAUGGUGCUCAGCGGCGUCUUCAGCCUGCUCGCCAGCGCCGUGCCCACCGGCAUCGCGUCCGCGUCGCUGGCCAUCAUGGGCCGGUUCAGCGUGAACAUCUCGUACAACAUCGGGCUGCAGUACGCCGCCGAGCUGCUGCCCACCGUGGUGAGGGCGCAGGGCGUGGCGCUCAUCCACAUCAUGGGCUACGUCGCCACGCUCAUCUCGCCCUUCGUCGUCUACCUGGCCGUGGUGAGCCCGGUGCUGCCGCUGAUCGUGUUGGGCGCCAUCGGCGUGGUGGGCGGCGCGCUGUCGCUCUACCUGCCCGAGACGCUGGACAAGGAGCUGCCGCAGACGCUGCGCGACGGGGAGCAGUUCGGCCUGGGGCAGCGCCUGCUCGACUUCCCCUGCUGCGGAAAAAAACCAGAAGCGAAGGACGCAGCAGCGGCGGUGGAGACGGGCAAAGAGGCGUCACCGCCGGCCAGCCCGUUCCAGCGAGGCCUGGGCAACCGCGCCUCGCUGCGAGCCUCCAUCCGCGGGGAGACGUACCGCUCCAGUAUGAUCCUGCGCUCCUCCGUGCGCUCGCGCCGCGCCGCCUCGCCGCCAGAUGCCAGCACCGCCGCAGGCGCAAGCGUAGGCGCCGCCACGCAGCCCGACGCCGUCUGAUGAGGCGGAGCAGACCAGACACCCCUCUAGCGUCGCUGCGACGCAGCAUUCCGAGCAGUUAACGCUUGCCGUCCUCUGCUCUCCCUUGUCCUCUCCAUGGCUGUCUCGGGCUAUAUCGGUGGAAGAAUAACCAGCGUAUGGAUCUCUCGUACACCAGUCUCUGAUUCGAGCCACAGCUGACGCUAGCGUUUUCAGUUACUAACAUCCACGCCCUCCCUUCUCCUUUCACGUUUAGGAAUGUGGGUGGAAUAAAGGUUUAUAUAGAUUCACUAUUUUUGCCGUAAGGUCCCAUCGGCCUUCGCAGCGGACUGAUCAUUCUCUGCAAAAAGCAUCAUUGCAUGUCAGCAUGCACACCGCUCUCCCGAUCCUUAAUUUCUUAUUUAGGACCAAAGCCACAACUGCUCCUUCAAGCAGCUCCUCAGUUAUUGCCAAGGAGCUAAGCGGAAGGGCCUCCCACCAAUGGAAACUUCUCAUCAGUACCGGAAAUGAAAUCCGGUUAAAGAGGUGCGGUCAAGUGUCCUAGUUGCUCGACUGUGGCGGUGGACAACAUUCUGAUAUGCUUCCCAAAAAUUUAUCAUUUACAACGUCAGGUGUGUGCCUACCCCGCCGCUAGAAUUAUUUUUCAGAGCAAGACAGAAAUCGAUGUUUUAAGCACAUACGCAGAUGCAAUUUUCUUCUUUUAUGAGCUUACGAUUGCGUUCCUUUCAUAUAUUUUCUGAGUCGGAGUCUGCACCAUUUAAUAUUCACAGUCAGUGUUACAGAGCGUAUUACUAUAUCUUUAAACUGAAUAUUGUAUCAAACAUGAAACCAUACAGUCUAUGCGUUGACCAUAAAAGAUGCGUGUGGACUCAGGAAAAGUGAUACAUUUCUUUCGUUUCGCGUCGGUCCUACACACGAUCUAUUUAAUCUGAAGACUGCAAAAUUUAUAUCAGUCAAUGCUCACGGAUGCUCACCGCCAAUAACAUGGCAAAUAUAAACAACUUAGUUCGAAAGACUAGAAGCCACCGGUGAUAGAGUAUCGUGCUUUCAACAUCUUUGAUAGAAUUGUGGGAUUUAAUGUCUCUGUGGCUGCAUAAGUUUUCUCGCUGACAGAAUAUAAUAUUUUGAUCGGAUUGGACAAUGUUGUUAGGCAAAGUUUCACUACCUUUACCAAUGUUCUCAGAGCUGUUUAACAUGUUACUGGAACAAAGUGUAUACGAAAAGAAAGGACUGGCCCUCCUGUAGGUAUUAUUUCGUAGAGUAGGCCAACUAAAAUUCGUAUAAGAAUACGUACACGCAGAUAACUUUUCUCCUCAGAAAACUGCCUAUUGCUCUGUAUAUCUGGAUGUAUUUCGUAGUCACCAGAGGCACCGCCGAAGAGCGAAGUUGAUAUUUAAUUGUAAAAGCGAAAUUAAAAACUUUUUGCUUCAUCUAAACAAAAUGUGAUUAGCAUUUCUGGAAAAUAUCAUCGUCUAUACUGUAGCGAUAGUAUUUGGCACAGUCAGAUGACAAAUGCAAAGCACGCAUGCGAAAUAUUAGCACAAGAAGUUAACCUGCGUAUUACUUUGCGCCCAAAAUCCCACUCAUCACUCAGUAUGCUUGGAAAGCCUGGAAGUUCACUGUGUGAGUGAGAAGCAUCUGAAGCUAAACUGUAAAAUCUCGCGUGGAAGCCAAAUCACAAUGUUUCGACUGGAUUGUCCUACGACACACAUCAGCAUUACUUAGGUUACUAGACUACUCUGAUCUUCUCACUAAACAUAAUUUCUCAAAAGUAAGAUUGCUCCGUAAAACAAGUGCUUUUCUUCUCCCCUGACGUCGUACAGUUCUGCCACAGAUUCUUUAGUUUUCGUGCACAACAUUCAUACGCUUAACAUCUCAGCUAUCAACGAUUUCUUCGUAUCUUUUCUUCAUUUUUGUAACACACGCGUGUUUUUCUCAGGGUGCUAUGAAGGCAACUGAGCACGAAGUUACAUUUGAACAUUUAUCUCCCACGGUGUUCCAUUUACGGAAUGAACGCAGACUGCUAUGCCAUCAGUGGUAGCUAUCUAGCUUAAUCAGGAAACUACUGAACAUUCUAGUUCUCUGGCUUUCGAGCAGCAAGCCCUUUCGAGAGAUCGAGGGUCGUCCCAGUGUAGCAUGACAAUUCCUCAGAGUUUCCCAUAGUUGAUGCUCAGUUCUGGCACAACUGAAACGACCUCGCAGUGUGUGUUAUGAGAGUUUGACUACUUCCUUUACGUGUCUAUAUUUUUCUUCUCUUGCCUCUAUGCAGUCUAUGGAAAAGAAGUCACAUGCUCACUCUAACAUACUAUUGUUGCACAUAUCCUCAGGUUAUCAUUUGUGGUGGCAUGUAUUUGCUGUUACUUAAAAAUUGUUGUGAGGAUACCAUCUCGAAUUAACGACUGGUGACAAAGAAUGCGUGAUCGAGGAACAUGUGUUGAUGCGCCGAGACCCUACGUUUGCCCUAUGCUACACCAUUGCCCAUCAGACGUUCCGGCAACUCGUUCUGUGAAAUUCGAUCGACCUCCAUCGCACAAUGGGUAGUCAGAGCGAUGAGCUAGAGACAGAUCUAAGUACAGUAUUGUUCCUGUAACUGGACGUAAGACGUCCAAGAGAUACGCCGCAAUUCUUGUGGUUAGAGACACUAGUCAUUUUAUGUAUUUAAAAAAUUCUAAUAUUUAAAUGUAAAAACUGAAACUGUGUUUGUUAUUCAAAGGAUAAAUUUGGAGAUUACUACAAAGAUUUUCUGUAUAUAUGUGUACUUAUAUUAUUUAAAAAUUAUAAAUGCUUCAAAUGAUGAAGACAUAUAAGAUAAAUAAAAGAAAUAUAAUCUA